CGCCGCGCUGAGGGGAGCCCGCCGGGCCGCCGCCAUCCCCCUCACACGGCGGGCGGGCUCUCUCCCCGGCGGCGCCCGGUGCGGGGCCGCGGGAGCGGCUCCAUCCUCGGCCGGAAGAGGAAGGCCGCCGGGGCGCUGCGGAGGGUCAGGGAGGAGCCGCCGCCGCCUGCCCGUAGCAUCCCCAAGGGAGGGCUCUUGACAGGCGGAGGGGGUCCGGCCCCCUUGAGGAGCGGAAUCGGAGGAACCUUCCCAAGGCAUAGCAGAAGCAGAGCACCUGGGAACAUGGCCCUGCGAGAGAGAGAAAUCAGCAGCAGCUCCAUCAAUGACAAGCAAGAACAGAACUCUAGUCGUGUUAUUACAAUUGUCUUCCUGGCACUCUUCAUCGACUUGUUGGGAUUCGCUCUCAUCUUGCCACUGUUUCCUUCCAUCCUUGAUUAUUACAGCCAGACUGAGCUAUCUGUUUUGCAGGAUGGAUUCUAUUUGUCAUUGCAACAUGGUGUGGACUGGUUUGCAGUGAUGGUUGGGAUGCCUCCAGGGCGGAAAUACAACAGUGUGUUGUUUGGAGGUCUGAUUGGCUCAAUCUUUUCCAUCCUACAGUUUUUCUCCUCUCCCCUCACCGGUGCUGUCUCAGACUGCUUGGGCAGAAGGCCUGUCAUCUUGAUGACGGUGAUGGGUUUGAUAACAUCAUACGCGCUAUGGGCUGCCUCUAGGACUUUCGGCGUUUUUCUUCUCUCCAGGAUCGUAGGUGGAAUAAGCAAAGGGAAUGUCAGCCUCUCCACAGCUAUAAUUGCUGACUUACACUCUCCAAAAGCACGGAGCAAAGGCAUGGCAAUGAUCGGCGUUGCUUUCUCCCUUGGUUUUACCCUGGGUCCCAUGAUCGGAGCUUACCUAGCCAUGGAGCCAGAGAAAGGAGAAGUUUUCUAUCUUCGUUCAGCGUUAUUAGCGCUCAUGUUUGCUGUGGCUGAUUUAAUUUUCAUCUUCUUCCUACUUCCAGAGACACUUCCCAAGGAAAAACGGGUCUCUUCUGUGAUGUCUGGAUUUCAAGCAGCAGUUGACUUGCUCAGUCCUUUGGCUUUAUUUCAGUUCUCUGCAGUCACCAGAGGAAAGGAAUCUCCUUCAGAGGACAAUCUUCAGAAUCUCAAAAUCUUGGGCCUGGUUUAUUUCCUGUACCUCUUCCUGUUUUCCGGCUUGGAGUAUACGCUGAGUUUUCUCACUCACCAGAGAUUCCAGUUCAGCAGCAUGCAGCAGGGCAAGAUGUUUUUCUUUAUUGGAAUAACAAUGGCUGUGAUCCAGGGAGGCUAUGCUCGACGAAUCAAGCCAGGAAAUGAAAUCAGAGCUGUAAAAAAGGCUAUUAUGUUGCUGAUUCCAGCUUUCUUGUUAAUUGGAUGGGCUGCAAAUGUGACCAUGCUGAGCAUUGGACUGUUGCUGUACUCUUUUGCUGCGGCCAUUGUUAUCCCAUGUUUGUCAGCAGUGGUGUCAGGCUACGGCUCUGCUGGCCAGAAGGGACGAGUCAUGGGGAUCCUGAGAAGCCUGGGCGCCCUUGCCAGAGCCCUGGGACCCAUCCUGUCAGCUACGGUUUACUGGCUGGCAGGGGCAGAGGUUUGCUUCACUGUCUGUGGAGCUUUGUUCCUCAUCCCCUUUGUUUUACUUGGCUGUACAAAACAGCAGCCAAAGGACAAGUAGGAGGCAACCACAGAACUACCCCCAGCUUCCAAGGAGCUCUCUGCAAGACCUGCUUCUUGCCACCCGACUGCUGAUCAAAUACGAAGAGGAGGUUUUUCAUCUUCUCCCAGGGAAUACGUGAUGACCAUUUGCAGCAACAGCAGCUGUCAGCCCCUCCAACAGCAGUUAUGUGCGCCACGGCCUCCCAGCCAGCGGGGCUAGCUUGGCAAAAAGAAAAGAAAACCCAACCCAAACAGUUGAGUAAAGCAGCAGAUCAUCAGACAAGCAGCAGGGCCUGGCAGCAGGACAGCACAGCGCAAUCCCAAUUCACCAGCAAGUGCUGGUAACACCGCCCAGUCGUGUAUGCAGAGUUCUUCCCUGCUCCUCUCCCUUCGUCAGCAGCACAAGCCCCGAAGCCUCUCCCAGGGGACCAGUUUGUCGGGGUUUGGCAGGCAGAGAGCGACUCCGCAGGGAGUUUCUAUACAACUGUCACAAGAUUCCCCACAAAUGCUCAGUGGGGCUGGUAAAAGCUGCAUCAGCUGCCUUAAAACAUGAUGACCAAAAGUGAGCAGCAUACUACAGCCAUCCACAGCCUGGCUGAUACUUGGGCACAAGUGGACUGUUUUUAACAUACAAUUGAAUUUUGACAGAUGUUUUACAUUUCUAAUACUACGUGCUGUUUUUUGAUGACUAACCACUGUUCUUUUUUGCAUUACAAAUAAACUGUUCCAUUGUACACC